ACAACACUGUCUUCGUGUAUUUUCUAGUCUUUUAAGUGACCUGCUCUCUCUCUGAUGCUUACAGCGUUCAGCUUUUCAGACUUCUAACCUUUGUCUUCUGUUAGGCAAGGCAUCCCCCAGGCUCCUCUGAGCGGAGCAUAACAGGCUUGUCUCCCUCUCUGUCUGUUUAAAACAUUCAUAUCCUCGGCAGCUCAGAGCCUGCAGAGGGAGAGUACACUGUCCUACAGCUGGUCUGGGAGAGGGAGGAAAUAACUUGGCAUUGCAACAGACAGACAUCCUGCAGCACGUUGACUCCUGUUCUGCUAUGGAGCGCUGGGUUCUCCUCUCUCUGUCUCUCCUGGUCUACCUGUAUCUGGAGGUGGCUGGAGCUGGGGUCCAGGACCAGAGAGGGCUGGCUGGCCAGGGCAACGGGAGGAGGAGAGGGCCAGGGGGCGCAGAGCACAACCAGCUCCAGGGAGUAGGACUAGGACGGGGAAAGAGGAGGAAGGCAGGAGGGCCCGGGAAAGGGAGAGCCAGGGGGAACAGGGACAAUCAGAGAUCAAAACCCCCCCCGGGUCUGACGAGGCUGGGGAGUCUUCCACACAACGCAGGAGGAGACGGAGGGACGAGGCUGGGGAGUCUUCCACACAACUCAGGAGGAGACGGAGGGACGAGGCUGGGGAGUCUUCCACACAACGCAGGAGGAGACGGAGGGACGAGGCUGGGGAGUCCUCCACACAACGCAGGAGGAGACGGAGGGACGAGGCUGGGGAGUCCUCCACACAACGCAGGAGUAGACGGAGGGAUGAGGCUGGGGAGUCUUCCAUACAACGCAGGAGGAGACGGAGGGACGAGGCUGGGGAGUCUUCCACACAACGCAGGAGGAAACGGAGGGACGAGGCUGGGGAGUCUUCCACACAACGCAGGAGGAGACGGAGGGACGAGGCUGGGGAGUCUUCCACACAACGCAGAAGGAGACGGAGGGAUGAGGCUGGGGAGUCUUCAACACAACGCAGGAGGAGACAGAGGGUCUAUUUUCAUUGAGUCGUACAAGAGUGUUGACGAGAGAAAGUCUAACUACAAUGUAAUCCCAGGUAAAAGGGGCCAGUGUGUGUACCAGGGCAUCACCAUGUUUGAGAAAGCUGUCUGGUCCCCCAAGCAGUGUGUUACCUGUCUGUGUAGUGGAGGGGAGGUGGUCUGUGACGAGAUCCUUUGUCCCCAGCUACGAUGUCACUACCCCUACACUCCCACUGGGGAGUGCUGUCCUGUCUGCAUGGAUACAGUUCCCAACGACCCCAGCGACCAUGUGAACCCUGACCCCGCCGUGCCCCGCUCCCAGGCCGAGAUCGAACUCCUCUUGAAGAGAGAGGAGGAGGAGCACAGGGAGGAGGAGGCACGUCUUCUCAAGAAGGACACCGAGAAAAAGAGGAGGAAGAAACAGAAGAAGGAGGAGGCUGAGAGACAGAGGAGUCUGCAGGAGGAGAGGAGUCUGCAGGAGGAGAGGAGGCUGCAGGAGGAGAGGAGGCGCGAUGAAGAGCGGCUGCAGAUGGAGAAGGAGGCAGAGAAGAGGCAGGAGGAAGCAGAGGCGGCCAUGAAGGAGCAGGAAAGGAAGCUGGAGGAGGAGCAGGAAAGGAAGCUGGAGGAGGAGAGGAGGAGGAGACACGAGGAGGACCUGAAGGAGAACCUCAGGGAGCUAGAGGAGGAAGACAUGGAGUGGCUAUUGAGAGGAGAUGUUUUCCAGAUCUUUCCAGAGGAGCCGACCGAAGAGGACCUCCUUACACCUCCCCUAGCCGAGCCCACUGAGAAACAAGAGGAGGAUGGAGGAGAGGAGUGGGGAGUGGUGGCACACAGACCUGGGAACACCCUCCCGUUAGGUUGUGAUAUCUCUGAUGUCAUUGUGACGUGUGAGAACGCUCAGCUGACCAACUUCCCUCCCCUGAACAUCCCUGAACUCAAGUCUCUGAGCCUGGAGGGUAACGACAUCACAACCAUCCCAGUGGGGGCGUUCAAUGGUAUCCCCAACCUGGAGUGGAUUAACCUGAGCAAGAACAAGUUGGUGACUUCUGGCAUUGCCCCACGUGCCUUCAAAGGCCUGAAGUUCCUGAGCCGUCUGUUCCUGGACAACAACCUCCUCGAGACGGUUCCAACAGAUCUCCCAUCAACACUACAGGAACUCAAGAUCAAUGAGAACCACCUCAAAGGCAUUGAGGAGAACAGCUUCCAGGGUCUGAGUAGCCUGUUGAUCUUGGAGUUGGAGGGAAAUGUCCUGAACGAAGGGACCGUGGAUCAUCAAGCUUUCAGUCCCCUCUCUCAGCUCUCUUACCUACGUCUGGGCAGAAACCACUUCAGGACCGUCCCCCAGGGCCUGCCUCCAUCUCUACUGGAGGUUUAUCUUGAGAACAACCUGAUAGAAGAGAUAUCCGACUGCGUCUUCAACCAAUCCACUAACCUGAACGUGAUCUCACUGAGACACAACAGACUGGAGGAGUCCAGGAUAGCACCUCUAGCAUGGAUCAACCACAAGAACCUGGAGUCCAUAGACCUGUCCUACAACCGUCUGUACCUGGUCCCAUCCUACCUGCCCAGAGCUCUGGUCCACCUGGUCUUGGUAGGGAACCAGAUUGAGAGGAUACCAGGGUUUGUGUUCGCCCACAUGGAGCCGGGGAUAGAGUACCUGUACCUGUCCCACAACAAGCUGGAUGGGGACGGAGUGGAGCCACAGUCCUUCUUCGGUGCUCACACCUCUAUGACAGAGCUGUGUUUAGACCACAACCAGCUGAUAACGGUUCCCCCUGGUAUCAACCAGAUGAGCACUCUGCACUUCCUCCACCUCAAUAACAACAGAAUCAGGACCUUUGCUGAGGAUGCCAUCUGUGACCCUGAGAACAACGAGGACUCCCACAUCGUGAUGCUGCGUCUGGAAAACAACCUCAUCGACCCCAGAAAGAUCUCUCCCAUUGCCUUCUCCUGCGUACGCUCUUACUCCAGCGUCGUCUUGAAACCUCAGUGGACCAAGUAACAGGAUUUGAAAAACUGUGUGGUAGAAUUGCCAAAACAGAUCCCCUUCUUCCUAGGCACCCCUGUAGAUCUGAAAGGCUGGGAUAGGUGGAAACAAUAUGGCGACAUUUCCACACAGCCAAUCACAAGGCAAGAGGAAGCAAUUAUCCUUAUCCUCUAAGAUCAACAGAGCCUGGAAUUCAGACGCUGUUAUUUUCGUAAAAAAUCCAAAACCAAAGAAAAUGUCAGUGAAAUCACCAAAACUCCAAACUGUAUCUCAUUGUUAGAGUCAUGCAACACAAUUCAUAUCAACAACUAUGAGAGAGAGACAGAGAGAGAGAGAGAGA